UUUUACUGAAAGUAAAAACAAAUCUCACCCAUUAUUACAGCUUCCAAGGGGACAAUCAAUAGCUUAAUAACUUUGAUUGGAUCUCAUUAUAGCCAAAUUUAAAAUACCCUAGACUUUUCUGACAUGGUCAUAUGCUUCUUAAAGUUAGAAAGCCAGUGAAGGAAAGAGAGAGAGAUAGAGGGCAAGGGAGGUAAGAGAGAGAGAGAGAAAGAAUCACUGCUUUUAUUUUAGUGAUUUUGUCAUAUGUUUCUGCUUCUUAAAGUUAGAAAAUUAUGAUGAGUGAGAGAGAAUAAUGGUAUGUAAAUAGCACUAGCUAGCAGUAAGAGUAGUGUGUGUAAUAGCUAAGCCACAAGUAGCUAGAGCAGCUGGAGAGCAUAUCAUAUCAUACCAUAUCAUAUCAUCACUUCAUUCCCAUAUAGUAUUUCCAUCAGACUCUUAUAUCAUCAUCAUCAUCAUCAUCAUCAUCAUCAUCUUAUAUUAUAGUACAUGCCCUAAGAUAAGAUCUUAUCUUACACUAUUACUUAGAAAGAAUUUUACUGACUAAAAAUGGCAUUUUUAGUAGAAAGGAGUGAUCCUCAACUUCAUCAUCACAGCAUUCAUCAUCAUCAACAUCAUAUUCAAGAACAACACCACCAAGAAAUGGUGUUUUCAGUGUCAGAAUCACAAAAGUCAGUUCCUGCUCCUUUCUUAACUAAGACUUAUCAGCUUGUUGAUGACCCUCGCACUGACCACAUUGUGUCUUGGGGUGAAGAUGAGACUAGUUUCGUAGUUUGGCGACCACCUGAGUUUGCUAGAGAUCUUCUUCCUAACUACUUCAAGCACAACAACUUCUCCAGUUUUGUCAGACAGCUCAACACCUAUGGUUUCAAGAAGGUAGUUGCAGAUAGAUGGGAGUUUGCAAAUGAGUACUUCAGAAAAGGGGAAAAACACCUACUAUGUGAAAUUCAUAGAAGGAAAACACCACAACAUCACCACCAAAUUCACUACCAAGACCAAAUAUUACUACCAUCACAAUAUAUCCCUUCACCAACUGAUGAAAAUUCCUCUUGGAUAAACAUUGAUCAGUCAUCUCCCUUACCUUCUCCUAAACCAACCAACGGUCCGGCCAACGACAUCCUAACGGCGUUAACUGAAGACAAUCAAAGGCUAAGGAAGAGGAACUUCAUGCUCUUAUCUGAACUUAACCAUAUGAAAACCCUAUACAAUGACAUUAUUUACUUCAUCCAAAACCAUGUUAAACCAGCAGUGCCUAAUGGUAAUAAUAAUGAUCAAAAUCGCCCUGUUAACUUUAAUGCAAUGGCUGCAGCUCCUCCUAAGCUCAUAGAAUUGGAUGAUCAAAAUCAGGAAAAUCGUCAAGGCGAUACGAGCAAGAGAGACACUAUGAUCAAGCUGUUUGGAGUUCCUCUUCAUAGCAAGAAGAGAUUGCACUUAGCAGAAGGAAACCUUUAAUGUUAUUAUGAUUAUUAUGUCUUAGAUUAAUUUGUUCAUUAGCUAUGUUAAUUAAGCAUUGUUAAUCAAUAGCUAUAGAUGGCUAGCUUUUAACUAGUAGAGCUUUCAUAAAAUUUGUACUGUAAUCAGAUCAAAUCAGAUCAGAUGUGAAGUUUUGGUUAAAUUACAUGAAAGUGCUUUAGCUCAUAA